AUGGAUACCAAACUAGUUUUCUACGACAUUGCCAUGCGCCCCCCAGUUGAAAAGAACAACAGCGCCGUAAACCCUUGGAAAACCCGUCUAGCCCUGAACUUCAAAUCACUUCCCUACUCAACCAAUUGGGUUCAACUACCCGAUGUAUCCAGCGUCCGGACAAGCCUCAACAUCCCCGCAUGCCGCAAAUUCGCCGACGGUACCGACUUCCACACUCUCCCCAUCCUAGUGGACCCCACAACAUCCCGCAAACUCGGCGACUCCUUCGACAUAGCCGUCUAUCUACAAAAGCAAUACCCAGCCGGAAACGAUAUUUUCCCGCCCCAAACCCUAGACUACGUCUUCAGCCCGGAUUCUGCUAUUCUAAUUCCUUUGUCUGAGUGCGACGAGGGUAAAUACCCCGAAUAUGCGCGCUUCAAUAUGAAUGUCGAUGCUGCGUUCACCACGCACGUCGCACUCAUGGUCCAAGGGCUACAGUUUGAUCCUGCAACUGCCGAGGAGACGAAGGCUGAGUUUGUUCGGCGAGCUGGGGUGAGCUGUUGGGAGGAUUUCGCUAUUACAGGCGAACAGCGCGAGAAGCUCGUUGGGUCCUUUCGGGAUAUGUUGGGGGGAUUGGCGAAGCUGUUUAGUGGGAAUGGCCCUUUUUUACUUGGCGAUCGGGCUAAUUAUGCGGAUCUUAUUGUUGGGGCUUGGUUGAGGAUGGCGAGCAAGACUUUGCCUGUUGAGGAGUGGGAGUUGGUUAGAGGGUGGCAUGGAGGUGUUUUUGGAAGGUUACAUGACGCAUUGGAAAUUUAUGCGGCCGUUUAA